AGGGGGGGCGGGAUGGUAGGUCGGGUGUCGCUGAACGAAGAGCGAAGAUGCUUGACAUGUGCGAGCGAACGAGGCUAUGGGAUAUAUCUCUCUGUUCCACUUGAGCGUUACUGUUGGAGAUCAUUCGCAGGAGGAGGCUUCUCCUUCGCUGAGCUCUUCGGGCAGUCGCGGGUGCUGGCGCUGGUGGGAGGAAGGCCCUCGCCGUGCGGCUUCUCGGAAUCUUCCAUCGUCUUGUGGGAUGACGAGUCAAGCCGGCGGCUAUGGGAGCUCAAGUUGUUCAGCCCCAUCGUAGGCGUCAUCACGCGGAGAGGGUUCCUCGCUGCGGUGCUGGAGAACAAGCUGGUCUUGUAUAGGAUAGCGCAUGACUUCUCCUGGGUGAGGCUAGAGCGAAGUCUCGAAACCCUCGCCAACCCCUCGGGCAUAUGCACCAUGAGCAGCCCUACGACCCUCAGCGCUUCCUCGGGCGAAGUUUCUCUUCCUGCUUCCAGAGGCUCCAGGCCCGAGGAGGACAGAUGGUUUGUUGUCACGCACGAUGACGCCCACAAACAUCCCAUCGCUCACCUCGCGCUCAACCGAGACGGAAGUUACCUGGCAUCUGCUUCACGGAGCGGCGAACUCAUACGCUUGUGGGGAACUCAGCAAGGAACUUCGCUGGUGCUCAUGCGAGAGCUGAGGCGAGGGUCUACCGCAGCUGCGAUCUACUCCAUCUCUUUUAGUGCCAAGUCUGACAUUCUGUGCUGCUCGAGCGACUCUGGGACGGUUCAUCUCUUCUCCCUCCAACCUGCUCAGAGCUCUUUGCAUGCUCGCAGCAACUCGUAUCUAAUGCAGGUCAAUCGCUCCCGUCCCCUUGUGCCUCCUGACUGGUUCCUCGCAGGCCGUGAACUCUGUGCAAAGUGGACAGAGAGGUUUUGCACAGGUGGCGUAUCUUGUACUAGGAUUUUCACCUGUUUGCUGACCUUUUUGUUGCACUUCAGACGGAGAUGA